AUGGCAGCAGAGCAGAGGAAGCUGUUGGAACAGCUCAUGGGAGCCGACCAGCUCAUGGGCGGCGCAGCCUCCCGCAACGCUCAACUCACCAUUACCGACCCCAAAGUCUGUCGCUCAUACCUCGUCGGUACUUGUCCGCACGACCAAUUUACCAACACCAAACAAGACCUGGGCCCAUGCCCCAAAGUCCACAGCGAAGGGCUCAAAGCGGAAUACGAAGCUGCAUCAGCCAGCGACAAGGCGAAGUGGGGGUUCGAGUACGACUAUAUGCGCGAUAUGCAAAAGUACAUUGAUGAAUGCGAUCGACGCAUUGAUUCUGCGCAGCGACGGCUGGAGAAGACGCCCGAUGAGAUUCGGCAGACUAAUAAUCUGUUGAAACAAAUCUCCGAACUCACCAAAACCAUCAACUCAGGCCUCCUCGAAGUCUCCGUUCUCGGCGAAAUGGGCUCCGUCUCCCUCGCCAUGUCCGAGCUCUUCAAAGUCCGCUCCGCAAAGCACCAAAAGGAAACCUGCGAGCGCGAACUUAAAAACUUGUCAGACACCUCGGGACCCUCAGGACACCAGAAACUGCAGGUAUGCGACGUUUGCGGCGCUUACCUCAGUCGUCUGGAUAAUGAUCGGCGCCUCGCGGAUCACUUUUAUGGGAAGAUGCAUAUGGGGUAUUCGGAUAUGCGCAAGACGUAUAAGAAACUCAGUGAGGAGUUGAAGGGAAGGCCGCCGCCGGUCAGGCAUGAUGAUGGGUAUGGUGAUGAGGGCGGUUGGGGUGGACGGGGCGGUGGUGGUGGGAGAGGAUAUGGACGGUCUGGUGGAGGAGGAGGCGGGUAUAGGAAACGGGGUGGUGGUUAUGGAGGAGGUGGUGGUGGUGGUGGUGGCAGAUGGUAA